GGGCUGCUCCUCCUCCUCCUGCGGGCGCCGGCACUUACCGCUCUGCUGCUGUUGUCGCCGUUGGUGGUGACGGUGGCCCGCGGGUCGCCCGGUGAGGCUGAGCGACGCUGCUUCUGCCAGGUUACUGGUCAUUUAGAUGACUGCACCUGUGAUGUGGAAACCAUUGAUGCCUUCAACAACUACAAGCUUUUUCCUAGACUGAAUGAACUUCUGGAAAGUGACUAUUUUAGAUACUACAAGGUAAACCUAAAGAAGCCGUGUCCUUUCUGGAAUGACAGCAGUCACUGUGGGAUAAGAGACUGUGCUGUAAAGCCCUGCCCAUCUGAGGAAGUCCCUGAUGGGAUCCGGUCCGGAAGCUACAAGUAUUCAGAAGAAGCCAAUAAUCUUGCUGAAGAAUGUGAAGAAGCCAAGAGACUUGGAGCUGUUGAUGGCUCGUUGAGCAAGGAAACCCAGCAGGCAGUGCUCCAGUGGACAAGGCAUGAUGAUUCUUCAGACAGCUUCUGUGAAGCUGAUGACAUCUACUCUCCUGAUGCAGAGUAUGUGGAUCUACUCCUGAAUCCUGAACGCUACACUGGCUACAAAGGGCCAGAUGCCUGGAAGAUCUGGAACAGUAUUUAUGAAGAAAACUGCUUCAAGCCUCAGAAUGUAAAAAGACCUUUGGCAUCUGGUAGAGGUGAGUCAUCAGGGCAUGCGUUUUACAAGUGGCUGAAAGGUGUCUGUGUGGAGAAACGAGCUUUCUACAAACUCAUCUCGGGUCUCCACGCAAGCAUCAACAUCCAUCUGAGUGCCAGGUACCUUCUACAAGAUACAUGGUCAGAGAAGAAAUGGGGCCCCAACGUUACCGAGUUCCAGCAGCGAUUUGAUGAAGUCCUCACCAGGGGGGAAGGACCCAGGAGGCUGAAGAACCUGUAUUUCCUGUACCUGAUGGAGCUGAGGGCCCUCUCCAAAGCACUGCCCUUCUUUGGGCGCCCAGCCUUCCAGCUCUUCACAGGCAGCCCAGCCCACGACCUGCAAGUGAAGAACCAGCUGCUGGACCUUCUCCAUCUGGCCAAGUCUUUCCCACUGCAUUUUGAUGAGAAUUCAUUCUUCGCAGGGAAUAAAAAGGAAGCUGCUAAACUAAAGGAGGAAUUCAGGCUGCACUUCAAGAACAUUUCUAAGAUCAUGGACUGUGUUGGCUGCUUCAAAUGUCGCCUGUGGGGCAAGUUGCAGACACAGGGCUUGGGCACAGCACUGAAGAUCCUCUUUUCUGAAAACCUGAUAGAGAGGAUUCCUGAGAGCGGCCCCUCCUAUGGCUUCCAGCUGACCAGACAAGAAAUCGUUGCCUUAUUCAAUGCUUUUGGAAGGGUUUCAACAAGCAUCAGAGAACUGGAGAACUUCAGGAACAUCUUGAGAAAUAGGCGGUGA